AUGACUUUGCCGGCGCCGAAAAAACACAGUACCUUUGAAGAUACGAUAGUCCAAAAUGACCGACAUCAGACAUUACAGUAUAAUGAAACAAAGCGUCGACUUCCAAUUUGGAUUAUCGAUGAUGUUGAAUACAUUCUGCUAGAAGACAUUCAUAACGCAAUAUCCACUCGUAUUACGGCUUUAAUAAGAUCCAAUAAUGAUGCAAUAACAUGUGAAAGAGAUUCGAAAGGAAUAGAAUUAGAUCCGCCAAGAUUCAAAGCAUAUCCAGAUGAAUUACUUGAUUGUUACGUAUCUGAUAUUGAUGUGACAACAAAUUGCAAAACACAAGAGAAACUUGAUCUCAUAAUUGAUAAUCAAGGCAAAAUAUUAUCACGGUUAGAUGUUAUACUUCGUCAAGCAUACCAAUUAGCUGAAUUUACCGUACCAAGGUUCUUCAUCGUAAUGAUAGAGAAAAAGUCACUAUUGCACCCAGAUAACCUUCUAUAUAGUACAUACCGUUUAUUCUUUCUUUGUGAAUGUAACAAAGAUGAAAUGCAUUUAGCUUACCAUGAAGGCUACAUAAUCAAUCAGCCAAGAGAAUUUUUCAUUAAGUAUGGCCCUUACGUCAAAAACAUGAUUUAUGCUUUUAAAGCGUUUGGUACUGUUGCGGGUUUUAUUCUUCCCAAUUUCGCAUUCGCUCAACAAAUACCUAUACCGAAUAUACUCAAAGAUGGAAAAUUUUGGAAAGAUUUCGCCGAUAAAAUGAAUACUGUCGACAACGUUGUGAAUAAUGUUAUGGCUAAAACAACUAAUAUAACUCUAAAUCCAACUUCUUGUCAAGCAUAUGAAGGGGCCGAUUUAAGACAGUUAGAAAAGUUCUUGAAGAAAACAGAUGAUGGUCAAACAUUGGGUAAUUUGUAUCGAACAACAACUGAUGAAGGACACGUAAGAUGGGUGUGUAUAAAACAUUUUAACGAAAACUACAGUAAAACACGCAUGGAGGAGUUUGUAAGAUUGUUUGAAGCUAUGGGAGGUGAAUUUGACCAACAACAGGAUCAAGCAGUUGUUAACAAAGCAAUAAAUAUAAAAGCGUUCUGCGAAUUACUUCGCAAAGGUUUCAACAUGUAUAAAUUAUCCUUUAUUUCGUACGAGAUGCGUGAAAAAGACUUUGUUACUUUGCUGGAAACGAUCAGCCGUUCAUUUAUUAAAGAGUUGGAAUUGAGUAACAUCAAAGUAUCACCAGUACUCGGAUCAAAAAAAGCCUCACUAUACAUAAUAGGAUUGAUUGAAAAACAUUUAGCAACGAAACAGUAUUUAACAGUAUGCUUGGAUAUUCCGAAGUGUGAUGCAAUGUUCAAUGAACCGAAAUUUGCACAAAAGCUGUUAACUGAUCAGGGUAAUAUCCUAAUUAAAAUUGAUAAUAAACCAUAUACAAAGCAGCCGAUACUUGACUUAGGAUACAACCAAAUACUAGCUGACGGAGGUAAAGCUAUUGCCACAGCACUCAUGACAAAUCAAAUAGUAACAACACUUGACUUACGAUUCAACCAAAUAUCGGAUGAUGGAGCUAAAGCUAUUGCCACAGCACUCAUCACAAAUCAGACAUUAACAACACUUGACUUAGGAUACAACCAAAUAUCAGAUGAUGGAGCUAAAGCUAUUGCCACAGCACUCAUCACAAAUCA